GCCCAUAGCAACGGCCAGAGUGUUGCUCACACCAGGAAAUGUUCCAGUUAAAAAAGUAUGUUGUGAUUUUUUUCGCCUUCGUUCUGAACGAGACUGUUGCUAAUGGGAGACAAGGAGAGAUAUAUGGAGGCAGAGCAGGAGAGGGAGAAGGAGAAGGAGAAGGAAAUGAGGAUGAUUCUUCAUCGUCCUCCGAUCUACCCACUGCCUGAAGAAAUAAAAAAGAUGGAGCACAGUGAGACGGUGUGCCGUUACUGCGGUGUAAGCUACCUCAUUUACCACGAGUUCCAUCAGCUGCACACCCGACUGGCUCAGUUGGAGACUGAGCUCCAGCAACUGAGAGAGACCGCCCAGAGAGAGAAGGCGCAGCGAGAGGCUCUGGAGCAGGGCAGGCUGGAGUGGGAGAGGGCACUUCACCUGGAGAUGAAGAGAAAAGCAGAGGAGAAAGAGAGCAGCAUGAGAGAAGAGCUGGAGGAGCAGAACAGAGACAUGGAGAGAGUUCUGAGAGAGGAGUUUGAAGGAAAAAAUGAAAGGAAGAGGAGGGAGAUGGAAGAGGAGUAUCAGAAAAUCAGUGAAGGAAAAGAGAAACAACUUAGAAGAGAGCUGGGAAACUUAGAGGUGGAGAGACUGAGGAGGCAGAGAGAAGAGCUGGAGAGGAAGACAGAGGAGAGAGAGAAAGUUCUGAGUGACGAACUUCAAAAGGCCAAUAAAAAUUUAGACGAGCUGAGAAAAUACCUCCAACAGCUGGAAGAGAGGCUGGAGGUAGCAACUUCAAUGAAGAAAGAGGCAGAGCGUUUACUUGAAAAAGAGGAGCAGCAAGGUAAAAUUCUCAGAGGUGUGUGUGAGCGGCAGGAGAAGGCCUUGCAAGCAACUCUCUCCGUGCUCCACUCCACUGGCGGUGAGCUCACUGAUGUACGGGGUUUCCUCAGCCAGCUGACAGGGGCCUGGCAGGCCUUCAAAUCCCAGACUCUGCAGCACAGCACACAGGUGUUCUCAGUGCUGAGAGAGGAGCUGAAACAUUCCAACGAGGAGUUACAGAAAAUGAGAAAAGAGAAAGAGCAACUUACUCAGCAGCUGAUGGAGCAGACGAAACAGAGCAAGGAGCAGCUGUCCCAGCAGGAAGACUCUGAGAAGGAGCACAGAGGAAAACUACUCAGGUUAAAAGGGGAGCUGGAGGAGACACACGAGAGAUGGUUGUUAUGCCAACGGAGGUGCGACACCAUGCAGGAGCAGCUGUCGUCAUGGCAACAGAGAGAGGAACAAAUGAACCGGAAGUACUGUGCAGCCGAAGAGGAAGUGACACGACUGAGGGAAGCCCUGGAGAAAGUGAAGCAGGAAACAAGAGAGCUGAGGAGAGAAAGAGACAUAGUGAUAGAGUCCCAUGGCCGAGCCCUGACCAAGAUGGAGAAAGACUGCAGAGAGCAAAUGGCCUCAAAGCUGGCUGCUACCCUGGAGGAGCAGAGAACCCAGAGUGCAUUGCACCUGAGGGAACAGAUGGAGGAGUUUUGCAGGGGGGUGGAGCUAGAGCUGACAAUUGACAAGGAGAAGAACCAACAGCUGCUUCUACAAUACCAACGAGACGGCACGCAGCUUCAACAGAGGCUGCAGGAGAGAGAGCAGGAGCUGCGAGGACUGACGGAGGAGCUGCAGCAGGAGAGGAGGAGCAGGGCAGAGGAGAGGAGGACACAAGAUGAACAGAGGAGGAGGAGAGAGGAGGAGAUACAUCAGGAGCUGCAGCGCUCCCAGCAGCAGGAGGCACUACAGCUGAGCCAAGCUAAAGCUGAACUACAGCUCAUGGCUGAGAGGAAUGCUGGACUACAAAAAGAGGUGGUGUUUCUUCAGGAGACAGUAAGAAGGGAGUGUGAGGAGAGGGAGCAGCUGACUGCUGCUCUGUCUAAAGCUCAAGAGGAGCUCCUUGGGCUGCGCUCCCCAGCGUCUCAUCAGGGCUCCUCCAGGUCUCCUCUAAACCCCAUGGAGAGAGAUACACCCCCAAGGAACAAGCAUUUCCAUCUCCAUAGUCAAGCCCGGGUACCUCUUACUCGCACUUCAACCACCCCAAACACACUCCGACUCUCCCCUGCCUGCACAGACAAAGACAGAGGCCGGAGCACAGAUGGAGGAGGAGCAGGGAGGAGUCUGGAGUCCUGGAAUGGUGGUGGGGUGUUUGGUGGAGAAAAACAGCGAGGGGGGACACUGCCCAAACUGAAAGCAAGCAGUACAGUUAGUGAAGUCAAACGUAAGGUCAGUUUAAUGAUGGGGAUGAAGGAGAGCAUGUAAAGAGCAAUCAUAACUCAUCAAAAUAAAACAUCAUUUAAGUGUUGUUUUGAAAUAGUGUUUUAAUAUUUAUCAUAUUAUUGUAGUAGUAUUUUUAAUCGUGCUAUGAAGUUUAAUAAUAUAUACAUUUUUGCCAAAUAUCCCUCUAGCUGCUUGUCUCAUAUAAACACACAUGUACACAUAAACACACACUUGACACACAACAAAAAACUGCUGAGUCCUGUUCGUACUACAGCAAACUCCCAGGACACACUCCCCGACAGACAUGCACUUGUUUUCUCACAACCCAACUCACGCAGUCUUACUGGCACGCACAGCAUUUCACACACAAACACCCCCGCACGCACAAAGUAGGUACACACACACACACACACACACACACACACGUGCACACAGAUACAUGCAAACUCACACAGCCAGUCACAAGGGCAGGGCUGAAGGAGCAUGACAGCAUGUCCCUUGCCACCCGUGGACACAAACAAAAGGCAGACAAACACAAAAGAAACUGUAUGGCAAGCACCCCCAGACACACACACACACACACACACAUAUACACACAACAAUUACCCAGCCCUCUCCCCUCAGGCAUUGUGUGUUAUUGACAUCAUUCACUCCGUGCAAGGUCUUUCCAUCCCUCCCUCCCUCUCUCUUCCUCUCCCUCUACAUUUGGGAUGAAUUGGCAUGAUGGGAGAAAUGCGUGAAGUGUGUGUAUGUGUGUGUGUGUGUGUGUGUGUGUGUGUGUGUGUGUGUGUGUGGCAUGGGACUAAUUUCCCCGUUCACUGGCACACAUGGAAAGCUUUUUGGUUUGACUUCCCCGUGUCCUCUCCUCCAAUCUGCCUGCGAGACAAUGCAUGUGCACGUCGUUCGUACAGAAACGGUGGGAUGAUAAUGAUUUUAUCCUGCCAACGUUUCCUCUGUUUGCCAAAACACACACAUAUGUUUUAUUUGCUAAAAACCCCCAGUCUCUGCAGAAAGGACACUCUGAAAUACAGAACAAUGAACAUUCUGUGCCAUUAAAACCUAAUUUUCUACCUCCUCUGUUUUUGUCAGAUGUGUAAAUGGGAAAUUUCCUGUCACAUAGAACAAACUGAUUCAUGUUUUUUUCUUAAAGUUGGACAACAUCUAUUCACAAUAAAGACAUUAAUUUAGGUUUUUAAGUUGUUUGAUAAAGUAUGUUAGGAUUUCCUAAUAAAAAUGAAUUACUCCAGAAAUAUCAGAUGCUGUAAGCCUUUGUUAUUUCACUGAAAUUUGAGUGACUAGACACCUAAGAGACAAUCCCUAAUUGCU